AAACGUGCAGCGUGCUGCGAGAUUUGGCGUCAAUAUGCAGCAGCCACAAAGUAUGCUAUGGAAAAUUGCAAUUCUAAUUAUCGCAUUAGGCAGCAACGUGUUGUGCAUAAGAAAUGCAAAUGAAAAUGACAACGCACAAAUUUCGGUAAAGUUGAAGAACUUUUUUCCAUCGGAGCAGCUGCAGAGCAGCGCGGAAGCGACUGCACGCAUAAGCAAUGGAGGAGGAGGAGGCGGCUUCCGUCCAUCGCAAAUGCUGGAAUUUACGCCCUCGGAUGUGAUGUCAAGCGGCGUGUCGCGUUAUCCGCCAAGCUAUUUGGAGCCCAAUUAUAAGCAUCAGUUCCCCAGUUCACUUAACAAACAGCAGCAGGCAAUGGACAAACAGUUUUCAUUUCCGCAUGAGCAAAGCUCAAGCUAUGAGCUACACACAACACCAAUUGUUAGCUAUUUGGAUCCGUAUUUGCAGCAUAAGUAUGCUGCCACGCCCACAACGCCCAGCUAUGCACAAUAUCAACGCGAGCAGCCCACACAGCAAGGCGAUCAAACGUACACAGUGCAGUCUUCGCUGCUUGUAGACAGCCAAGCGCCUGCUGGUGGACAGGAAGUUUAUCUCAAGCGUCCUGGCUAUGUAUUCGAUGAAAGUCCCAACACGUUUUAUCGCCGACCGCAGUCCAGCACGCCUGCUACACAAACUUUGGCUGGUGCGCAUAAAAUUUCAUACGAUUCGCAUGAUUACCCGCCGCCCAGCUAUGCCGCACAACAAACGUCCAAUUUCAAGCCUCACUAUGGUCUCAGCAUGGUUACAGCCAAGCGUCCAACACAGCCGCCUUACAAUCGUCAAGACAUCUAUGAGCAGCGCCCAUUAGCAGCCUCAUCGAUACACGGCGCUGCGUCUAAUUAUGCAAACAACUUUGGUAAUUAUUUGCAGCGACCCAGGCCCAGCUACGAAACACCUCAGCAACCCCCACAGCAGUAUCAGCAACCACAACGACCAGCACACAAUUACUACGACUAUCAAAUUGGUGAGAUACCGCCUCAGUCCUCAGCAGCAGCAGCAGCAGCAGCUCAAUAUCAACAACAGCAAUUCAACUAUCGCCCCACACCCGCUGCGUCGCCAGCUGGCGGCUUAGCUACGCUCGCCUCACUCUUUGGCUCCACCCAACAAUAUGCGCCGCAAUUUACGAAUCUGCUUUUGGGUGCUGCCACCCAGUCUCAGUCUCAGUCCAGCAGUAGUCCAUUAGGCACUCUCCUAGGCGCAUUCACCGCACAGCAACAGCCGCAGCAGCAUCAGUCGCAUCGACCACCCAACACACAACUCAUUAGAGCGCUGGAGAACAUCGCACGCAACGACGACUUGCAAUGUGUGCCCAAGGUGCUCUGCCAAAUGAUUGCCGGCCAAACGUUGCGUGGCCAGCUGCCUGGCUUCAUUACCUCCCCGGCCAUAACCAAUUUUCUUGCUGGUUUUCCCGCUGCCUCGCCCGCGCUUAUCUAUGGACGCGCAGCGCUGCUUGGACUCAGCGGUGGUGAACGCAGCUGCGUGCGUAGCUAUAAGCAAUGUCCCAAAAAUGAGAUGGAAAUCAUACACUAUCUGAACAAUCAUCGUGGAGGGUUCUUCAAGUUCUUUAGCGAACCGGAAGAGCAGCAUACGGCGAGCGUAACGCAGAGUGAAUCGAGUGGUGGAGCUGGUGGCUCUUUUCUUAGCAUUCUGUCUGCUUUGACGGGUGGUGGACAGGUGACGAGAACGACGCCGCGUCCUGUGCCGCGACCUACACAACGACCCAGCACGGACAUUGCUGGCGGCAUUGGCAGCUUCUUUACGCAAGUGCUGUCCGAAUAUUUGAAUGGUGUGGAGUAUCAGCGACGUCGACGUCGCAGUCCGUUGCCAACGGAAAUUAAGCGCAGCAUUGAAACGGAUAAUGAUGAUUUUGCUGAUGCUGAAGAUGCUUUGGAUACGCAAACGCCUGUCAAAUUUCUAAGCGACGAGGAGUCUGAGUCAGCCAAAGCGCAUACCGAACUGAUUGGAGUGCUACAAUUUCCCGAAGAGUCCGGAGAGGGUCGCAUAUUGCACUUUAAGCAGCUGGCAAGCGAAGGUGCUGUAAGAUUUCCGGACGCAACGACGGAAGUUGAAAGCAACAGCGAACGCCAAGUAAUCUAUGAAUUCAAUCGAGCUGCAGCUAAGCGCAAAUUAAGAUUUCCACAAGAGCAGCCAGACGAAGUGGAAGCGACAAGCGAAGCAGCUAAGGGCUGGGCACAUGUGCUGCCCAAUGGUCUUACUGCUGCGGACUACGGCAAGUACAAGCGGCGUGGCAAGCGCAUUGUCUUUGAGGGCAACGAGCGUGAGCUGAGCAAUGAGGUUUAUGCACCACCUCAACGUGGCGCUAGAGUUAUAUUUCCCGAUCAUUACGAGCGCUAUAUACGCAAAGGUAAAAUACUCAAUCGCCCUACAUAUGCGCCCAGCUAUGAUUAUCAACAACAAAAGGAAGAUCGCUUUGUUUUAAGCAAUGAGCAUAGACCUAGUUCCUAUCUAAGAGAAGCUUUGAUGAACUAUGGCGAAUAUAUGCCCACCAGCAAUAUACGUUUCAAUGAAAUCGACUAUAACUAUCCCAAUGGCAACUACAUUAGCGAUAAUCGCUACAGCAGCACCUAUCAGAGCAGUACACGCGCGCCUCAGCAUGAGGAUAAUAAAAAUAUUUAUGUUAACAAUGCUCAAGGAGUUACAGAGUAUUAUAUACGACCCGAUGGCCACAAAGUGCUGCUGGGCUAAGCUUUUAAAUUAUAAAACUGUUAGCUUGUAGCUUUAGUUUUAGUUCUGUACAUAA